UAUUCAGCGAUCACUUUGCGAAUUUGAAGGUUCAGUACGUAAGCAGUCGACUUGUUCACCUUACUGUGGAGAAAAAGAGUCGUCGCAUCAUCUGAUGAAAUUCUAGGAGCAAAGAAAAAUGAAUGAAGGCAAAGUCGAGACCAGCGCAGCUGUCGGAGAUGCCGUUUCUGCGGAGCAGGACAUGAAGCGGCAGGAGGCACGGAAGCUUGUCACAAAAGCUCUUUUGUUGGGGGGACACUUACCCAAUGACGAGGACGCAACUUCGUAUUACCUGGGUUAUGCAGGGCGCGGUGCGGAAAGUGCGCUGACGUUUGACGAGUGCGAAGAAGAUUUAGCGCAACGAGAAAGAUUAGCAACUCGCGCUCUAGAACUAGACGCGAACUGCAUUCCUGCCUACGGAGUAUUGGCCGGCGUUGAAUACCAUCGGGACAACUUGGUACCCGCAAUGUUAUCUGUUAGCGAAGCAAUACGGAGAUACAUCGAUGGGCGCGGAACCGCGGAUGCAAGAAUGAGGGAAGAGCUGAGUCGGAUUGGGGAUCUAGUGUGGUCGAUAUACCACGACGCAAGGGACGAGGCGCAGUUGCUCGCAGCAUUGGGGUGCCUGAAAGAACGCAUUCUUGUCGUCACAGCGGAAGAAUCUGCCCGUAAUAAAAAUUUGCUCUGUCGUGUUUCCUCAUUGCAGCGACUGUUUGCAACUCGAUUGUGUAUAAGACGACGGGCCGGCUUCGAUCGUGACGCACUGUUCGAUGCAGUGGCCUUGCAGGUAUGCAGUCUGAGGGAAAGUAGCUUUUAUCGCUACGGUGCCAGUAAUGCCGCGGAGCUGGAGACGGAGAUACGCAAUAGGUUAAGACUCGCCGCAAAUGUCCGCGCUUGUGAGGAUGAAGUCCGAGAGGAUGGCGACGUAGAGCAGGUAUGCAGCAGUUCUAGGUCUAGUUUAUACGUCACAGAUAUGCGGACGUUUCGCGGCUACAACAGUUUUGCGAUGGAGGUGUGCCGCUCUGAUGUUCGUCUGCUUGGUGUCGGAAGAAACAGGCCAGAAGCGCAAACGAUCGUCGCAACAUUCUUCAAACAUUAUUUUAUGAGAUGUCCCUGGUUGGCGUUUUUUUUCCUCAGGCAGAAGGACGAUCAUACCCAAGACGCCCGGGUGGAUGAGAAUUACUGGAAAUUAUCGCUCAUGUACGCGACGGGGGUAGACGUAUUUAAUUUCAAGCUGGACCGUGAGGGUCACGAACUGUGGGAGCAACUUGGUCCGAAAUUGUCCGAUGAUAUAGUGAUGGAAGAUUCUCCCAUCGCCAUGAAAGCUCAAUACCCGCAGCCUCUGGAAUUACGUAUGGAAGACAUACGCGACAUGCGGUCGCCGUACUCGCAAGCAGCGGUAUCCGCAUAUCUGAAGCAAGGGCCGAUGUUUAUUCGCUACAGACAAUUCCCAGGCAAGCGCGGGCGGAUGGUCAUACUCUGUACGGCAGAUUCCACACUCGUACCAAAGAAGGCUCGAGAAGCUCGUCAAGCCUUAACACAGAAGGAGGACGAGCUUCUUGUAUACGUGUUUGAACAUGCUCAUCUGGUAGUACACCAUGCGGGUGUGAGUUUAGUGAGAGGCCUCGGCCAGCUGAAGCUAUUUGGCGCGGCCGACGCAUGCGAAGGCUGGCUACUUCUGCGGUAUUCCGACAUUGAAGACUUGCCGCGUCUUUGGUUUUUUCAACAAUACAACCGCAUGCGCCAGAAGGAAGGAUUGCCCGACCCUCGUGUGUCGCCGAAUAGCGAGGGCGUCGAGCGCAUUUCUUGCAGCCCGCUUGCGCGGGAAACAAGCCGGAGUCCGCGACUCAAAUCGGACAAAAGCUACCCAUGUCCCGACUGCGGAAGCACUUUUUACGAGAAGGACAAACUGAAGCGCCAUCGAAAGAAUUGUGAGCAACGAAUGGUCGUCUGCACGGAAUGCGGCGAGAGUUUUGCAGCAUGUGAUCUGGCAAACCACGAUAGGGAAGAGUGCGCUUACGGGCUGACAUCUUGCAAAGAUUGCGGAGCGGAAAUGAAAAGAAUGCAUCUUGAGGACCACUUACAAAAAACGUGCACAGAGCGCACCGUUUCCUGUGGGCAGGUAAACAGCGACGGAUCCAGAGCAUGUAAAUGGACCGGUCGGUUUUGCGAGCUAGCAGGACACAGGCUAGAUUGCGCUUUCACGACAGAGCCUUGCAGCUGCUGUUUGCUAGAGGUGCCGCGGUGCGAUCUGCAAGCAGCGCGACACAGGUGCCCCACAGUGGACGCGACAGAUACAUGCAAAAUUUGCAGGGAGACGUUUGGAACGCUGUAUGCAGGGUCUUCCUCGACGGAACCGGUGCUGCCAGUGAUUCCACUGCUGGGCGCGAAGCGGCUUUGUACCUGUCGUGACUGGAAUUACUGCGUAUCCUGCUUUCGCUCUUCGUUGCGCAAUUUUGCCGGCGAUACAAUGCCGUGCAUGUUUUGCCGCCAGCUCUGCGAUGAGGCGACUCUGGUCCCGCUGCAUUUAGUGUCCGGCUUGGCGGUGAAAUCUUCACUGAGCACGCAAAUGAGUUUGCGUGGUAGUGGACCGGCGUUCGCGGAGCUGAACUCGCAGGCAAUGUUACUUCCGCGCCGUGGUGCUACGAUCGGGUCAGUCCACUGGGUCUCUCCGCUUCACGUUCGAUUCACUCACGACAGUAUCAAACUAUGUUUCGGUGAGUAUAUGGACAAGCGAACAGGCUUGCAACACACGGACCAGAGCAUCCUGGAUUCGCUGGAGCAACAGCUGAGAUCUGUCGCAGAAGACGGACCGGCCGGACUCGACUGCCUUGACGUCUGCUGGGCGCGUCCGCUACAUGGUGAAAAAUUGGAAGCGGACGCGCUUUUCCUCGCCGGAACGGGCAAUCGCAGACUCUGCAUGUGGCGGAUGCUGGCGAUCAUGCGUCCAGAGAACUUCGCGCUCAUAAAGGUUCGCAUAGUCAGCAAGGACAGCACCAAGGUGAGGUUUCCUGAGAAGUGCACAACAUCUUGCGCAGGGAGGUGGGUAGAGAUUCGGACAAAAGGCCGGGUGCGUUUUUUCGUGGGCUCGCAGGAGCAUGCGGACGGCAAGUGGAACCCUGCGGAUCCCCAUUGCAAAGGCGAUCCUGGUAUAAAAUGGCCGGACGCAGAGAAAAUUUUUUCACGUUACGUAGCAGACCCACGGAGUGGUCCCGCAUCUCAGCCACCCUUGGCGGAAACAUCAAACAUGGGAAAAAUCGCUGGAGCAUGAUUUCGUCGACCUGGAACAGUAUUUCAGAUACAGAAAAAGGUCUCUAUUCCACACACAUGGUCCACGUCCACGAAGAUGAUUCUAUGAGAUCAUCGCAGCAAAAAGACCAAAUGCAACUUGCAAGGAGCAAAGCGU